UGACAGGUGGUGCACUUCUUCACCGUACGUGAAACCAAACAGUCAGUGCGUUAAAACUCAAUGGUAAAACUUCAAUCGGUCUAUUAUUAAAUUCCAAUCGAAACACCACGAGAGACUCGCGAUAAUUGAAUAAAUUGUCCAAACAUUUAAUCAUCGAGUUGAUCAGCUGAUGAGAGAGAUUUAAUAGUGUAAUAAGUGUUGUGUGCCAUGCUUGCACUUGAUGUGAGCCCUUUAUAGUUGUCUCCAAGGAUUUAUAAUGUCUGGAUCGAAAACACUCGUUGUGCCCGAAAAAUCUAGCUUUGUAAGAGGUGGUGUAGUGGUGAGGUUGUUGGAUCUAUAUGGGGCAAUGCGUGUCUCGUAAGGCGGGGGCCGUCUACGCAGCAUCGUCGUACAGAAUCAUGGACAAAACCACCAAAAAUAAGAGCGACUCGAGGGGCUCCUCGAAGAGGGGUGCACCGCAGACGCGAGGUACGUCGAUCUCGUUCGGUUUUCGACGUCGUUCCCGAGGCGAUGGUCUAGGAAGUGGUGGUCCAGAGGCGUCACCCCAGCGUUCAAAAUCCGUGGGUCCAGAGCAGGUGCGACGUCGUAUAAUCGACGAGGAGGAUCGUCAACUUCGAGUGCAGAGUGCAUCAUCGGGUCGUUCAACACCACGUCUGGCGCCCCCGAAGAAGGAGCAGACAUCAGGCCCAUCAGUGCGUACAAAUCGUUUUGGUUUUCGCUCACCGCAGGCUAAAUUCACUGACAAAGUCAGUGACGUUUGUUCGGGCCACUCAGGGACGCCAUUCGGCCAUCCCCAGGGUGUUUACCCCCAGGAGAAGGCACGCACUCCCUUCAAUCCCGAUAAAAUCCAUGGAAAUCCUCGAGCGAGAUCUGCUAGCAGUCAGGGAAACAAUCCUCCUUACCACCACUCAGUGGUCCAGGAGGGUCGAGGAAGAAUGUCCAGCAUCCCCGAGCCAGUGUCCAAGUACACCCUGCACACGAGCCACCUGCCACAGCCUCAAUACGCUGUCAGGGUGAUAGAGUCAAACCCUAAAAUAGCAAAAACAGCUGUCAAUCAGAGUAGAAAGGUCUCGACAGUGUCCAAGGGCUCUGCUGGCUCUCAUUCAGGAUCUGGAACAGAGGACUCAGGUCUGGGUUCUCAGCCCGGUUACCUGGUUGAUAAUCCUGGGGAAUUUGAGGCCCCUGGGAGACGUGGGGGUGUGGCAAGACCCCGAAACCUCAGGAUGGUGGUCAGUGGCAAAAGCUUUGACGUGAGAGAGGUCGAGGAUGGUAGCACUGUCACCGAAAUUUCAGUCAUUCCACUCGCAAAAGGUUUCACUGGCACCCUAGGAUCUGGCAUCGUCAGGGAGAGGACUGUCCAGUACCAGCGGGUCAUCAAUAAGGAUAACAGAUAUACGGAGUCGACUACAUCUAUGUCGACAACCUCCUCGGAGGGCUACGACGAGGGCCUCGGUGAGGAGAAGGUGUACAAGGAUCGUUCGAGGUCUGAGAAAGUUCCGUCAAUAAAAUCGGACUUCAGUCCUCUGAGCUCUGAUGAUCCUGAGUAUGGGCAUGGAGAGGCUAUGGCUGACGAGUACUCAUUGAGCUCGAUUGACGAGUACAGGACGACACAGGUACUCAGGGAUCCUCUGACCACGAGCCAGGACGCCAUGAAGAGCAUAUCAAAUGCUGCGAGGAGUGGGACUCUACCCAAGAGUACUUUGAGAUCAGUACUACUGACUAUCGAGGACACUGCGUUUGCUGCUGCUGCUGCUACCUCGACAACUCUCAUCGACGAGACAUCGCCGGUCGACAGUCUUGUGGAGAGUCUCACAGCCUCCAUCACGCAGUCUGAUAAAACGUCGAAGAGGGAGAGAAUCGUGGAGAAAGGUCUCGAGGAUGACUCACCUGGGACACCCACCAAUGCAUCCAACUCGUUGAGCCUCUCUGAGGGCAGGGAGUACUUCGAUGAUGAGAUUGCUGAUCAACCGGGACUCGUUUUCGAUGACAGAGGACAGGGAAAGGCACCUAAUCCUGUUGAACCUUCUAAGACACGGAUAACUCAUGGGAAAAGUGUUGAGAGCAGUCCAAUAAACUGCAGGAGAAUCAGCAGAACUGGAAGUGUCAAUACUCUCUCCCCAUGUGAAUCUAUAACAUCAGACGAUCUCAUGCUGGAUUACGAGUGCAGUGAAGUGAGCUCUUACGACGAGGUUAACAAAAGACUGGAGUCGAAUCCUGCACUUCACGAGCUAGAUGAUGCCACAAUAAUCUCAGAAUUGGAGGCACAGGGCGAGCAAGUGAUGAGGGAGUGGUCCUCACUCCUGGGAACAGUCGAGCAAAACUCAAACUCCAACUUGGCUAACAACAACGUCAGUAUUAACCCCAACAACAACAACAAUCCAGCCACAACAGAGUCUGGAGUGUCAGCUGCUAGAACAUCGAGAAUCCUCCGCAGCAGACCAGGAGCUGAUUCCCCUCGCUCUCAGGACAGUAUGAGGACGAGGCAAAUUGCCAGUCCAUUCCGACCAGUCUUCACCGGAAAUGGUCAAUCACCGAGUCUUAGUCUUGACUCGGGCGACGAAGAAAGUCCCAGGCUUGAGAGAUGCAAUUACCACCAGGACAUAGUGUCAAUCAAGACAGGUCUCUUAAAGCUCAUGCGAGUAGUUCAGGAGUCUGGAGAGAAAGAUUUGACGAGGGCGGAAACUCUCAAUCCAUUCACCAAUCCUAUGGUGAAUGGCCUCUUCCCGAACCUGAAUGAAGAUAGUACGACUGAUACGACAGGACUGGGUAAUGGUGCUCUUAAUGUUGCUGAUGAAAUGGCAGACUUGAGGAGACAAGUGAUUUUUCUUCAGGGACAGCUAGAAGAUAAGGACAGGAUUAUACAACAGCUUCAGGUGCAAGUUGCCAAACAACAGGAACUCAUGAACAAUUCAGACUCACCGAGCUGUUCCUCGUCGAUGAAUGGCAAUAGUACGCUGUCACGAGAUAUUUGCAAUGCAGCAACGCAGACAGACAAGAUUCGACCGAUAUCAGCAGGACCUUCUCUGCUCCAGUCACUUCCACAGGAAAGCGGCAUGGGGCCUCUCGUUAGCCCUGUGGGUUGGAGUGACUCGUGGAGACAUCAGAGUGCAUCACCACGUUCACCAUCUCUGGUGGAGGUCAACAGCAGCAGAUGUUCCCGUAAAAUAACGGAACGUUCAUCAAAAUUAUUGAAACCCAAACAAGAGUUAAUGAGUCGACUGAAUGGUGAUGUCAAAGUGGAAAAUCCAAAAUCUUGCAUUCCAUCGCUUAAAAAAUUCCCCACCACUUUUAUACCGAGAGCCAAUGGCCGAUUGCACAAUACGUAACGAUUGAAUUUAAUCUCAAUUAGUUGAUUGCAAUUUGAUCUGUAAAUUUUUGGUCGAUUUCUCUCGCUUGAUUAUCGAUGGAGUUGUAGACUAUCGAUUUAUGUGUAAAUACCGAAAUUUUUUAAUUGAUUAAAUGUUUUAAGGGAAAUUAAUUUAGUCAAUUAAUUAAUUUACCUUGCAGUAUUAGAGUUUAUUUUAUCGCUGUAAAUAUAGAUUUUUUUUCUUGGUCUAUUUGAGUUUUGCGAAAGGAAUAGUAAGAUUAUAGAGUUUGUCAUAAAUUUAGUUCGUUGGAGCUACGUGCAAUGAUAUUAGCAAUGAUUUUUUGUUUAUUGAAUCAGAGGCCUAAUGAUUUUUUAAAUUGCAAUUUAAUCAUGUGUUUUGAUGUCACUUGCUAAUCGCUUAUCUCUUUACUCUACGAUUUUACUAUUCCAAAAUGAGAAAUUAAUUAAUUUCAAAAUCAAAGUCAUUGGCAUUUUCUGUGGAUGAAACUUGUAACUAAAUGGAACAACAAAGAGAUAAUCAUGUUAUUUACUUUUUAUGUCUUUUUGUUGCUCCAUUCAACUCUUGAAAAAACAAAAUGUUGGUUUUUGUACAAGGAAAAUAAUAAUUACGAUAGCUGAGAAUAGUGAGACUAGUGCAAUGCUUAAAAUCAUGGAAAACAAUAAAUAAAAGACAUGAAUGAAGAAUAAAAAAAUGUGGACGAUAUUUGUAGAACGGCGAAUGCGAGAAAUGCUUUGGUACGUGAAUUUCUAAAGUGAAGACUAUUAAAAGAUAUUGAAAAUAUUUUUGGAAUUACAGGGUCUAGAUGAUAAUUUUCACUGACAUUCUCCUCUAAACCCAUUCAUUCCAAAGAUACUCUCCAAUCCUUAAAUUCUUUCUGAAAACUAAAAAAUCCUUUCACUUAAAAGAUUAAAUAAAAAAAUAUUUAAAAUUCAUUAAUGGAAUCAGCAAAUUAUCAAAACCGAACCCAGAAUACCCGAAUAAAAACCCAGUUAUCAUGAAAUGUAUUAAAUUAACUCAAAAAACCAUCAAUUUACUCUCGACGUUGACGUGAAAAAUGUAGCUGCGAGCAAAUGUCGUUUGACAUUUGAGAAUUCCCAAAGCAUCAAAUAAAUUUUUCUGCCAAAAAAAGAA